CUGCGCCCAGAGCUACCUGGGAAAAGUUCAAGAUGGCUGCCUCCAUCUUGGAGCCGGUGUGAGGCUAGCGAGGGCGUUCUCCAUCGUCAUCUUCUUGAGGGCUACCUCUUGUCCUCAGGCUUGGGCUCGUGCAGUGUGCUGUUGUGGGGAAGACGAGGGCAAUGGCAGGGAGCCUCUCUUGGAGGGCAGGCAGGGGCCUGUGGGGAUGGCUGCCCCUGGCCUGCAGAAGCUUCUCUUUGGGCGUUCCUGAUUUGUCCCGUGUGAGGGUCACUCUCCCACUCCCUAAAGUAGUGGACCGUUGGAACGAGAAGAGAGCCAUGUUCGGGGUUUAUGACAACAUCGGGAUCCUGGGAAACUUUGAAAUGCACCCCAAAGAACUGAUCAGAGGUCCCAGAUGGCUUCGAGGCUGGAAGGGGAAUGAAUUGCAGCGUUGUAUCAGAAAGAAGAAAAUGGUUGGGAAUCGUAUGUUCAUUGAUGACCUGCAUAACCUUAACAAACGCAUCAGCUAUCUCUACAAACAUUUUAACAGACAUGGGAAGUACCGGUAGAACAGAAGGUUGGGGACUGUGGAAGUAGUGCAUUUGUUACCCUGAAAGGGGGAACAGAAAUUUUUUUUAAUGAGGAAAGGACUUUGUAUGCGCUCUGUAAUAAAAUGUGGCUUCCUUGGAA